AUGACACCUGACGACUGGGCUGAAGCAUUUGUAUGCCGCAGGUCGUCAAUCUUGUCCUACGAGCGUGCGAGCUCGUGGCCAGCCUCUUUGAACAUAUUGGCGACGAUGCCUCAGGAGCGUUUCUUCCCGGACGUGGUGUGUUAUUGCAGCGUUGUAGGCGCAUGCUCCAAACAGGAGGAGUGGUCUGCUGCUCUCGCCUUGUUGAGCCUCAUGGGAACUUCACGGAUAACCCCUAAUCUUUACGGCUACAACAGUGCACUGGUUGCUUGUGCACAAUACAGCUCCUGGCUCCUUGCACUUGACAUCCUCAGCCAACUCAUCCCACAACAGAUCUUGCCGGAUGUCGUCAGCUACAGCAGCUUCAUCAGCGCAUGUAGCAUCGCGAGGCGGUGGGAACAGGCCUUGUCAACAAUAGAUGGCAUGGCACAAAGCCAGGUCGCUCCCAACCGGUUCACGUACAGCGGAGCCAUUAGAUGUUGCGAAGGUGCAGGUACAUGGCAGAUUGCCUUGCAUUUCUUGUGGGCAAUGAGAGAUCCGGCUUUGGACCCGGAUGUGGUUUGCUUCACCAGCGCAAUCAAGGCCUGUGAAAAUGCAGAGCAGUGGGCCGCUGCAUUGGAACUACUGGACCAUAUGCUUCUUUGCACCGUUUCCCCGAACGAGUUCACAUGCAGUAGCUUGGUCAGUGCCUGUGAAAGAGCCUCCGAGCGUGGCACCGCGGUUUCGCUGUUCAAAGCGAUGGUCAGCAUGUCUGUUGAUGCUGACUUGGUGGCAUGCAGUGCCACUAUCACAGCUUGCGCCAGAAUUGCGGCAUGGACCUUGGCGCUUUCAAUGUAUGCAAGCAUGGCAGAACGCGAAAUCCAGCCAAAUGAGUAUACGUACAGUGGUGCUGCAGAUGCUUGCGAAAAGGGCUUCCAAUGGAAGUCAACGCCAGAACUGCUGGAGUUACGUGGCAGCAGAAGCAGAUAA